CUGUGAGCCAGAGUGACACCCAAAGUACCCUCAGUAAGAGGGUGGCAGGUCAGCCAGGCCAGAGCCUGGACCUGGGGUCAGGAAGGGGUCACAGGGAGGGAUGGAGGGGCCAAAAACUCUGGGACCAUGUGGCCACUCCCACUCCCAGUGUCCCCCAGCCCCAGCCUCGGGCAGCCACGGAGGAUGCUUGGAUCAGCCCUGCCAGGGAUUUGUAAGGUGGCCCUGUCUGGUUCCCAUCCCCUCCACUCACUCACUGGAGUCUGUGAGGACUUUUCCAGCCCCGGGGUCAGGGGGCAGGGAGCCCAGGGUGGGGGGUGAGGCAACCAGGGUCUUUCUUUCAAGUGAAGAAGGAGAGAUGCAGUGGCAGAGAAUGAGAGAGCCAGUAGGGCCAAGACAAAGAGAAAUGGAGGCAGAACUGGGGUGGGGCUGGCCCCUGCACCAAGGGCAAGAGCAGGGGCCAUUCAGGCAGGGGGGAUCCCCCUGUACGGGGCCUAGACCCUGCCCAUGUCCAAGCCUUCCAUUGGGAAGAGGGGUCCCAGCCUCACCCAGAGUAGCCCCCUCUCAGCUCCAGAGCGGGCCGCUGGGGUCUGCAGAACAAUCCUUUCUCCAGCUGGAGCAGGAGAACCACAGCCUGAAAAGGCAGAACCAGGACCUUCGGGAGCAGCUGGGGGUCCUCCUGGGUCCAGGACAGCAGUUCCUGCCCCUGUGUCCAGAGCACUCAAGUUGCACAGCCUUGGCCUGGUCCCCUGAAUCAGCCAGCACCCGGCCCCUGGAGGACAGGACACCUGUUCAGCUGCUACGGCGGGAGCUGUGCCAGGGGGAGGAGGCCUUCGUUCGGCAGUCUCAGAACGAGCUACAACAAAUACGACUGUCCUUUGAGAGGAAGAAGAUGGCCAUCACCGAGGUAUGGGACGGUGUGGCCGAGGUACACAUGGCUCUGAACAACCAGGCCACUGGGCUCCUGAACCUCAAGAAGGACAUCCGGGGCGUGCUAGAGCAGAUGGAGGACAUUCAGCUGGAGAUUCUGGGGGAGCGGGCCCAGUGCCGCACCCAGGCCAGGAAGGAGCAACAGAUGGAGUGCACAGAGGCUGCUGGCCCUGAGGCUGCUACUGGGCGCCCUGCUGGCCUGCACCGCUGCCUACGUGUACGUGGUGGACCCCGCACCCUUCGAGGGGCUAGUGCCGCCCCUGAUGAGCCGAGCCGCCGUCUGGAAGCUCCGGGCCCUACUGGGCCCCUUCCUGCGCCUCGAGGUGGACGACUUCCUGCCCUUCUAGGCCGGAGGCCCAGCGGCCCCAGCGAGGAGGAGGCCAGGCGGCCACCGGCGCUGCCCUGGGUGCCCACUGGCCCCGUCAGCCCCUGGCCACAGCACUGCUGCACACCGUCCCUGCCAGGAGCUGCGGAGAAGGGUGGAGGCAGGGUCUGUCCUGAGGGCUGGGCCUGCGGCUGGACAUAUAGUCGUGACAUGCUUGGUGUGUGAGCUUGUUUCCAUGGAAACAGUGUGGAAGGGGCAUUUUGGUGCUUCCUAAAGCAACCUAUCCCAAGGAGCCCUGUCAAUCUGGCAGUGGUGGGGAGGGGUCCUUCAGGGCAGGAUCCCUGCCUCAACCGCAAGCAUCAGUGUUGACUCCCAUGUCCCAUAUUGCUGCCCUCCACCCCAACAAUGAUGGUUUCCCCUGAAAGGUAUCUGCACAGUGAGAACCAGGGGUCCAUGGUUCAAGCCCUCCCAGGUACCUCAGAGGUCAUGCUUGAAUCCCUGAGUCUGCUGACUCAACUGACCUCGUAGUGUUCCCAUUACCCACCAUUCCCCUACCACCCCACUCCACUCUUCA